AUUUUUUUUUUUUUAAAUAUGCAAAGACAACUUUCUGCCGCUGGCGGGCGGUGCAGAUUGAACGCUGAGCUGUCUAAGGUCGACCGGGGCUGAGUUUGGAGGAGAAUGAACGAACUGGUUAGACCGUUGAGCUAUGAGGUCCUGGCGGAGGUCGGGGAGGGCUCCUUCGGUAAGGUGUACAAGGCGCGAGAGGUCGGGGGGACGCAGCGCCUCCUGGGGGUGAAGAAGGUGAACUGCCGCUGGGGUUCGACGGAGGCCGGGAUCCCCCCCUUCAUGAUCCGGGAGGUGGCUCUGCUGCGCAAAAUGGGCUUCUUCAACCACCCGAACGUCGUCAAACUUUUGGAUGCGACCGCCGUGUCGGUCGGCUCCACCCUGGACCUCACUCUCGUGCUGGAGUACGUAGAUCAGGACCUGUCCACCUACCUCUCAAAGGUUCCUGCAUCGGGUCUGAGCCGCGGCGUCAUCAAGGAUGUGAUGCUGCAGCUGCUGCGAGGACUGGACUUCCUCCACACAAACCUUGUGCUGCACCGGGACCUAAAACCUGAGAACAUCCUGGUGAGUAACCGUGGAGAAGUGAAGAUCGCAGACUUUGGACUGGCUCGGCUCCACACCUUCAACAUCUCUCUGACACCAGGUGUGGUGACUCUGUGGUAUCGAGCUCCUGAAGUGCUGCUGAACACCGUUUACAUGUUCUCCGUGGACAUGUGGAGCGCCGGCUGCAUCUUCGCCGAGCUUUUCCUCCUGAGGCCGUUGUUUAAAGGAUACACGGAGGUGCAGCAGCUGCACAAGAUCUUCGAGGUGAUCGGUUUGCCCAGCGAGGAGGACUGGCCCCGGGACAGCCCCGUCUCGUUCUCAGAAAGCUGGGGGCCCAGAGGGUCCUGCACCAAGCUGCUCCCCAACCUGGACCCCGACGAGAACGACCUCCUGUCUCAGUGUUUGGUGUUCAGCCCAACGGGUCGCAUCUCCGCCGCCAAAGCUCUGACUCAUCCUUUCUUUGUGAAGAACUGAAGAGUUUUGUCCAUUUGAGGAGCAGGAGGUAAAAUUCUGCUGAAUCCCUGCAGUUCGACAUAUUAACUGGUUUCAUGCCUUU